AUGCCAGGACGCGUGGUCUCUUCGCAGAAGCGAGCGCUGACUGACAGCAACAAUACCAACGUUCUCAAGUCGCCGCAGUCUUCGAAGAAACGAAAGCUGAACGACGAUGUGCUCAAUGGCUCCUUUGGCUCAUCUCAAGCAGGCCCCAAGACUUCGUUUGGCAAGAAUCUGGAGUCGAGUCAACCAAGCCACUUCGAGACAGAGGUACUGGAGAAGCUCAGUCAGGACAUUUCAGGCUUGAAAAAGAACAAUGCAGAGAGAGAUCAGCAGUGGGAGAGACCUCCACUUGUCGGGUUUGAACCCAAGAAGGAGAUAUUGAGAUUCCAGUCUAUUGAUAUUGAGGAAGGCACACUGUAUGGCGGCAAGGUGACACUGAAGAUGUUCGGUAUCUCAGAGACUGGCAACUCUAUCCUCCUGCAUGUCUCCGGCUUUCUCCAUUACCUCUACGUCGCAGCCCCUAUCAAUUUUCAACGACAGGAUAUCGAUGGCUAUAAAGCCUACCUCGAAACACAACUUGCACAGCAUGAACAGGCUAUUUCCUCCGUACAAAUGGUGCUCAGAGAAAACAUAUACGGCUUUCAAGGCAACCAGAAAAGUCCCUACCUCAAAAUCACGGUAACAAACCCGAAAUACAUCAACAGGUUACGUACCACUAUUGAGCAUGGCAAUGCCAACUACAAGGGGUUGUGGAAAGGUGUUGAUGGUGGUAUCUUGACUUUUGACAACAUACAGUAUACUCUGAGGUUUAUGAUUGAUACAAGUGUAACAGGCAUGUGCUGGGUUGAGGUUCCAGCUGGCAAAUAUGACCUAGUCCCCCAAUACGACCGACAAUCGAAUUGUCAGAUCGAAGCACAUUGUCACUACCGAGAUUUGGUUGCCCUGGGUCACGAUGGAGAAUGGGCUAAAAUGGCACCUCUGCGUAUCUUGUCAUUUGACAUUGAGUGUGCCGGACGAAAAGGUGUUUUUCCAGAACCCAACACCGAUCCUGUCAUUCAGAUCGCAAACGUUGUCAACAUAUACGGAGAGGAUAAACCAUUCAUCAGGAACGUCUUCGUCCUCGAUACUUGCAGCAACAUCGUCAAUACGAAAGUAUAUGAGCACACUAGCGAAGAAAAACUGCUCAUGGCAUGGCGCGAAUUCCUUGAGAAGGUCGACCCAGAUGUCAUCAUUGGCUACAACAUUUCCAACUUCGAUUUUCCAUAUCUGCUCGAUCGAGCGAAGCAUCUCAAGCUCACAAAGUUUCCCUACUGGUCGCGUCUCAACAGUGUAGCAUCUACAGCCACGGCAACCAGCUUUUCAAGUAAACAGAUGGGAAAUCGUGAUAGCAAAGCCACGAACACGAACGGCAGGAUUCAGCUGGACUUGCUACAACUCAUCCAACGAGAUUAUCACCUGCGAAGUUACACCCUGAAUGCUGUCUGUUCGCAUUUCCUGAAUGAACAGAAAGAAGACGUUCAUCAUAGUAUGAUCACCGAGCUACAGAACGCCAAUCCGGACACGAGAAGACGUCUAGCCGUCUACUGCUUGAAGGAUGCUUACCUUCCUCUCCGCCUUCUGGACAAGCUGAUGGCUUUAGUCAACUACACCGAAAUGGCUCGUGUAACAGGUGUUCCAUUCAACUUCCUGCUAUCACGUGGUCAACAAAUUAAAUUCAUCAGUCAGCUGUUCCGGAAAGCCUUGGAAAAGAACCUCGUUGUGCCUAACCUCAAAAACGAUAGUCCUGACGAGGCGUAUGAGGGUGCGACAGUCAUUGAGCCUAGUCGGGGCUACUACGAUGUACCGAUUGCUACUCUGGAUUUCGCUUCACUGUAUCCAUCCAUCAUUCAGGCUCACAAUUUGUGUUACACCACACUACUGAACAAAAAUACGAUCGAAAAGCUUAAACUCAAGAAGGACGAGGACUACAUAGUUACACCUAAUGGCGACCUCUUCUGUACUUCCAACGUCAGGAAAGGUUUGCUCACUGAAAUUCUAGAAGAAUUGCUUGGUUCUCGUAAGCGAGCAAAGAAAGAGAUGGCUGUAGAAACCGAUCCAUUCAGGAAGGCUGUGCUGAACGGUCGACAAUUGGCGUUGAAAAUUUCAGCUAACUCCGUGUAUGGUCUUACAGGUGCUACCACCGGCAAAUUACCCUGCCUUGCCAUCGCAUCGAGCACGACAUCUUAUGGUCGCCAAAUGAUUGAGAAAACGAAAGCGGAAGUGGAGGCCAAAUACAAAAUCGCCAACGGGUAUACUCACGACGCAGAAGUUAUUUAUGGUGACACUGAUUCUGUCAUGGUGAAAUUCGGCGAGAAGGAUCUCAAAAAGGUCAUGAAGCUCGGUGAAGAAGCUGCAAACUAUGUUUCUUCCAAGUUCACCAACCCUAUCAAGUUGGAGUUCGAGAAGGUCUACUACCCUUAUCUUCUUAUCAACAAGAAACGCUAUGCUGGUCUGUACUGGACUAACCCUGACAAGUUUGACAAAAUGGACACUAAAGGUAUCGAGACCGUGCGUCGCGACAAUUGUCGUCUCGUUCAGAUUGUCAUCGAGACUGUGCUUCGCAAGAUCCUGAUCGAUCGGAACGUCAAUGGUGCUUUGGCAUAUGUCAAGAGAAUGAUCUCACAGCUACUACAGAACAAAGUCGACCUGUCGAUGCUAGUGAUCACCAAACAAUACACGAAACAUGAAUACGACUCGAAGCAAGCACACGUUGAAUUAGCCAAGCGCAUGGAGAAGCGUGGUGGCUCGGCUGCCGCUCUUGGAGAUCGUAUUGCAUAUGUGAUGACUAAAGGUCGUGGCGACAGCAAGAACUAUGAGAAGUCGGAAGAUCCUGUCUAUGUACUCGAGAAUAACAUACCGAUUGACACGAAAUAUUACCUGGACAACCAACUUGCGAACCCUCUGGGGCGUAUCUUCGAACCUAUCCUGGGAGAGAAGAAAGCCAACAGCUUGUUGGCUGGUGCUCAUACUCGUACUGUUGUGGUGGCCGCACCUACUAUGGGUGGGUUGAUGAAGUUCACCAAGAAAACAAUGACCUGCAUGGGUUGCAAAAAGCCUCUUGUCGGUAAGCACGAAGCCAAUGGUGCGGUCUGUGAGAAUUGCAAGCCACGAACUGUGGAAAUGUAUUCGAAGACAGUACGUAAGGCUGGGGAGGCGGAAGUCCGCUUUGGGCGAUUGUGGACGCAAUGUCAACGCUGUCAGGGCAGCGUGCACACAGAAGUGCUCUGCCAAAGUCGCGACUGUCCAAUAUUCUACAUGAGAAUGAAGGCUCGGAAGGACGUCGAGCACAGUCAUAAAGAGCUGGCGAGGUUCGACGACGAUGGCGGCGCAAAUUGGUGA